AUGUGGCAUAAUGUUGUUCGUCUUGGUCUUGUUCGAAUUUUUUAUCCAUCUUUAAUGAUAUUUGGUACAAUUGGAAAUAUAUUAUGUUUAAAAAUUCUUCUUCGUAAACGUUUUCGUCAUCAAUCAACAUGUCAAUAUUUAUGUAUACUUGCCGUUAUUGAUAUUCUUUUUAUUUAUAUGCGAUCAACACGUUUUUUAUAUCGACAUAUAUACAAUUUUGAACUACGUAAUACAUCAUUAUGGAUAUGUCGAACAUAUAUAUAUUUUUCAUCAACACUUUCACAUUUAGCAUCAUGGAUAUUAGUUAUUGUUAGUUUUGAUCGAUAUUUCAUUAUAAAAAACUUCUUUUCACACCGUCAUGUAGGUUGGCGUGUAAUUAAUUCAACAUGCGUACUUAUCUUAAUUGUAUCUAUUGUUAAUGUUCAUUAUUUUCAUAUCGUAGGAACUACAGUAUCAUUACCAUCUCAUAUGGUUCAAACAAAUAAAAAUAUUUCGAACGAAACGUAUGUUCAAACUAUCCGUUUCGUAUGUAUGGCACGUUCACCUUUUAAAGAAUUUUUUCGUUUAUACGUUCCAAUAUUUGAUUUACUCUUUGUUGCUAUAAUACCAUUUUGUCUUAUGACAUUUACGAAUAUUGGUAUAAUUCGUACAACAAUGCAAUCAAAUACGUUAUGUAUAUCACAAAGAAGACAAAAACGAAAUAAUCGUUUAACCAUUAUGUUAUUAUCUGUUAUAUUAGCGUUUAUGCUCUUAACAUGUCCAUCAGUUGUUUAUAUAUGUUUAAAUCGUUUGACAUCAUCAAGUACAGUUUCUAAUACAAAAUUAGUUAUUCUUGAUUUACUUGAAUCAUUAUGGUAUACAAAACAUGCACUUAAUUUUAUAUUAUAUACAUUAAGUGGACAAGAUUUUCGAAGAGAAUUUCUUAAAUUACUUCCAUGUUAUCGACGACAACCAUCAAAUUUAUUAAGUAAUCAACAAAAAGGUCACAGUAAUAGUAUAACUAUAGGUGUUAGUAUGUUUUCAAAUAAAUAUCAUUUUCGGCAAGUAAACAAUUAUUUUAACACUAAGAUGAAUGAAAAAUAA